AUGUGCUCCACCAGUGAAAUUUUUUACAAGUCAUCCUCUCCCCAUUGGGCUGUGGUUCUCCAUACUUAUCGUCCAAAAUGCGAUGAUGAACUCUGCCUCACAACUGGACAGGCAAUUCAGGUUCUUUCGAUCGAUCCGAAGGUCUCAGGAAGUGAUGGUUGGUGGGUUGGUCAGGACAACUAUGGACAGGUCGGCGUCUUUCCAGCCAACUACGUUCAGCUUCAAGUUUCCGGCUCCGAUGAUGACGAUGACCACCAGCAUCAUCGAAAUUCCUCCGAAGGGCAAGGUUCUUCAUUGCAGGAUUCGACUUCUUCAUUUUCUUUGGAUGGGACUCUCGUAGCUAACCGCGUUGCCACACAACUUCUUCUUGCGGACUCAGCGCGCGGAACUGGAGGAGAGAGCGAUGGUGAAGGCCGAUUACGACGCAAUUUCAAAUGGGAUAGCUCUGUAGUGGGCCUGUCACACUUGCGCGUCAUUAAAUUUGAGGAUGUUACCUUGGGAGAUUCGAUCGGGGCAGGUUCCUUUGGGACGGUAUACCGAGGAACAUGGGAGGAUAAAACUGUUGCUCUCAAAGUCUACCAUCAAGCGUCCAGUCAGGUCCAAAGGGAGGCUCUCAAUCUCGGUCAACUGUCUCACCGGAAUAUAGUUGAAUUUUUCGGUCUCUGGGAGACCCACGAAACACUGAGUCACUUACCGGCACUUGUAAUGGAGUUCGCACAUGGCGGUGCUCUCCAUACUGUCGUUCGCCGUAGACCCGCUAUCCGACCCUCCACCCUAGCCAACUGGUCUACCGACAUUGCCAAGGGCAUGUGCUAUUUGCAUGAGCAAGCGAAACUGGUCCACAGGGACUUGAAAACGGCGAACAGUGAGUUGCGGCAUUCAAAUGCAUAG